AUGGACCCUCCACCGCGUACCAGGGACGUUGUCCAUGAGCAAGCAGACGGAGCAGCCGAAAUCUAUAGUGGCCAAAAACGACGUAGUCGCAAUAGUAUAUAUGCACUUCAGGUGCAAGCAUUCGUCGAUGCCGCAGAGGUCGUUGACGCGGAGCCAGAGGUGAUCGAAGACCUUCUGGCGGAUUUCGUGGGUGACUCAACGCGUCCUGAGGGAAGCUAUGACGAGGAUGACGAAGUGGACGUGGGAUCGGCUUACUAUGGCGAAGACGCACAGAGUGCAGACGGCACAGAUGAAUGGGACACAUUCCUGCAUGAAGCUCAGUCUGCGUGGUCGAAGGCACAAGUCAAGGAAAUGAUGAUAUGCUUAAAGGAAUCAGGAAUCACAUCCUUCAUCAAUGAGUAUAUCGUCUCCCGUGCGAUUCCGAUUCCUACGCUGUUGUAUGCAUUUGGCGUUUGCUUGUGCCCUGAACUCAGGGAAAAGAGCAGGAAUACAUUGCACUAUUGUCUCAAGGUUGUGUUGUCUCGUGAGCUCCAGUCCCGCAAUAAAAUCUCAGAGCUGAAUACUAUAGACGAUGCCGUAAAUCUUAUUCGGACGCGCAAACGCAUCUUGGUACUCACAGGUGCUGGUAUCAGUGUUUCGUGUGGAAUACCUGAUUUCCGCUCCCGUCACGGGUUGUAUACCACAUUGCAGGAGAGUGGAGAAUAUGAGUUGGACGAUCCUCAACAAAUGUUUGAUAUAACUUAUUUUCGUGAGAACCCCUCCGUAUUCUACUCGUUUGCUAGCAAAAUAUAUCCCUCCAGAUUCAUACCCUCGCCUUGUCAUCGGUUCAUAAAAGCCAUUGAAGACAGAGGCAAACUUUUGCGAAACUAUACUCAAAACAUCGACACUCUAGAAACCCUAGCCGGUGUCAAACGCGUCUUACAGUGCCAUGGAAGUUUCGCAACUGCUUCCUGUCUCAACUGCAGAGUGCGCAUACCAGGAGUUAACAUUGAGGAUGACAUCCUCAACCAUCGGGUUCCGUUAUGCAAAGUCUGCAGUGUGGCGGCAGUCUCGCAAGCGCAAAAUAAGCUACAAAGCAAGGGCAAGGGCAAAAAACGAUCUAGCUCAGGAUGGAACAGCGAUCAAUCUGAUGAGCCGGAAAAACCCCAGUACCCGCCCUGGGUAAUGAAGCCCGAUAUCACUUUUUUCGGUGAGAAACUGAGUGAUGAAUUCGACCGCUCUUUGUUGGCGGAUCGACAGGAAAUAGAUUUACUUGUAAUUAUUGGCACUUCUCUCAAGGUCUCGCCCGUGUCAGACAUCAUAGCGCACCUCCCUCAUUCGGUGCCUCAGAUUCUAAUCAACAAGACUCCUGUCAAGCAUAUCAACCCGGACAUUGUCUUACUCGGUGAUGCUGACGAUAUCGUGCAACACUUGUGCAAGAAAAUAGGCUGGGACUUGCCCGAAGCCCCACCUAGAGGUUCGAGUCUCGCGGCGCCAGCGUUGGGAAAUGCUAGAUUGAAGAAAAGGCCAUCAGGAGCGUUCGAUGGCGCAGAGCCUGAGAGGGUAGGGAAUAGUCAUGUGUGGCUGUUCGAAGGUGCCGAAGGAGGCAAGUGGCUAGAAGAAAUGGUCAAGCGUCUUGAGAAGUCCCCUGAAACCGUCUCCAGUCCCGAUUCUGGUGAAGAUAUCCCGCCUACGGUGACCAGCAUUGAGCGGAAACCAAAGAAAGUACGAACGCAGUGA